AUGGCAGCAGCAUUGACCUCCAGGACUUUUGCGGUCACCGGCAGUGCGUCUGGGAUCGGGGCCGCGACAGCUCGCCUCCUCGCACGUCGCGGUGCCGCGGCCAUAUACAUUGGCGAUGUCAAUACCGCCGGCUUCGACCAGAUGAAACCCGAAUUGGCGGCUAUCAACCCAGGCACAAAGGUGCACACCAGAACCGUCGACGUUUCGGUUCCUGAGCAAGUCGAUGCCUGGUUUUCCGAGAUUAAACAGGGAGGAACCGGCCUCCACGGAUUGGCCAAUGUUGCUGGGUUGGCUGGUCGCCAAGUAUCAAACAAGCCGGGCUCCAAGCUGUUGGAAGAGACAGUCGAGCAGUGGCGCAAGGCUAUGGGUGUCAACAUCGACGGGGCCUUUUACUGCUCCCGCGCCGCCGUCAAGUUGAUGCAGAGCAUGCCCAAGGAUUCCAACCCGGCCAUCGUCAACGUCGCUUCCAUGGCCGCGAUUUUCCAUUCCGGCAGCAACUUUGGAUACGGCACCGCCAAAGCCGGCCUCGUCCAUUUCACCACGAGUGCGGCCAAGGACCUCUACGACCUGGGCAUCCGCGUCAACUGGUGCAGUUCCGGGACGACCAACACGCCGAUCCUCGACCGUGCGUUUGAAGGGCAGAACAGAGACGAAACCAUCAAGAUGCUUCAGUCGCAGGGUCUCAAGGCCAUGGAGCCGUCGAGCAUUGCCCGGGUGAUAUUGUGGUUGCUGAGCGAGGACUCUCUCGACGUGAGUGGAGUGAAUAUUCCAGUGGGCCAGGGGAUUCCUUGA